AUGGAGUCCGCAGCAGCGGCAAUACCCCCGCAGAGCGGGGAGGCAACAGACCUCCCUGAGGAGCAGCAGCAGCAGCAAGAUGAAGAGAAGCAGCAGCAGCAGCAGCAGGAUGAGCAGCAGCUGCAAGACCACCAGCAGCAGCAGCGGGAUCAGGAGGAGCAUCAGGAUCAACAGGCGCAGGAGCAGCCGCAGCAGCAGCAGCUGCAGCAGGAUGAGCAGCAGCACCAGCACGACCAGCAGCAUCAGGAUGGAUCGCAGCAGCAGCAGCAGCAGCACCAGCAGCAGCACCAGCAGCAACAUAUUGUGGGUGCAGCUCUCAGUGCAUUGCGUACUCUGCGUAGCCAACGAAGCGUCAAAUUUGAGGGUGGGCUGUUCCGCUUGAGCAGCAACAACAACAGCAGCAGCAACAGCAGCAGCAGCAGCAGCAGCAGCAGCAAGGGGGUUGCCGGGUCUGCGAAUGCACCACUGAUACGCGCAGCAACAGGCCGUCUGCAGACUGUGGGGUCUCGGGUGUAUACGGAGGUCCCGAAGCCAAACCCUAAAGUAUUAGAUGCUGCUCUCCACUCUAUGGAGUCGUCUGCUUUCUAUAGAAAACCACCUGCUAAACAAAACACUCAAAACAUUAACAAAGACUCUACACCGCAAGAUGCAACUUCGAAGGACUUGAGCGGCUUCUACCAAAAACUUUUGGGGGAAGACUGGGAGGAGCAGCUGCAGCAAAUGGAGUCGCAGGAACUUGACGAUGUCUUUUCAGGAGAGGCUGCUAAGCGCAGCAACAGCGGAGAUGUGUCGGGUGAUGAGGUGGCGGACGAUCUGCAGGUGGCGGAUGAUGAACCCCUCAUCACAGCUGAUGAGAUCGCCAAGUCAGACUUGCAAGCUGCGCGAGGCAUAAGCGCGGAGAGGCUGGGGUGUAUAAACGCUAGAGAUUUAUUAGAAGGUCAUUGGUCUUACUAUAAAGCAAAAGUGUUUAUUAAGAGAUCAGACAAAAAGAAUAAAGACUGCGUACUUCAAAACUUUGCUGCAGACUUCUUUGAUGCUAUGCUCGUCUGUCUAUGGGAGAUGGAGGCUCAGGCUAAGAUAGAGCAGCUGAAGCACCAGAGGCGGCAAGAGCGCAGCAAAGCUCGUCUCUCUCACCUGAGCAGCCCCAGUGCAGCAGCAGCAGCAGAAGCAGCAGCAGCAGCAGCAGCAGCAGCAGCGCGUUCAGGGGGCCGCCUGUCUGCUUCUGUAGUGACGUACAACCAAGGCAGCAACCCGCUGCUGCCUUUACCUGCUUCCCGGGGGCUCUCCAGAGGAGCAGGAGCAGCAGCAGCAGCAGCAGCACGCCGCAAACUUAGGAAGUCUAUUGCUGCUCGUCUGGUGCUAGAUGUCCGUCUACUUAGCCGAAAAAGAGUAGAAGUGCAGUGGGUAGAAGAGAGAGUAAAGAGACAGAGGCAAAAAAUUCAAGACAGCAGCUCGAUUGCAGCUGAAGAAAAUAUGCAUGCAGCAGCAACAGCAGCAACAGCAGCAACAGCAGCAACAGCAGCAACAGCAGCAACAGCAGCAGCACCUGCAGCAGAGACACCAGAAGCAACACCAAAUAACACAACAAGUGCAGAAACUGCAGCAGAAACUGCAGCAGGAACUGCAGCAGAACCUGCAGCAGAAGCUGCAGCAGAAGCUGCAGCAGAAGCAACUCAAGAAUCAGCAACACCAGAGGCACCAGAAGCAGCAGCACCUGCAGCAGCACCAUCACCAGCACCAUCAGAGCCAGCAGCAGCAACACCAGCUGCAGCAGCGCCAACAGCAGCAGUUGCUGCUGCAGCAGACGGCUGCGAGGCUACGCAACAUUCAGAAAGGCAGGAGACUGCUGCAGGCCCUGAGGGGACCUCAUGA